UGUCACGACGAUCCGUUGAUAUGGAUUUGUUCUACUCAACACGAUGCAACUGCUCUCAGACUGAAAUACUGAAGCCACACAAAUUACAGAGAUCACACAGUAGCCUCAACACAACAGCCGGCCGCUUCCGAGGUUCCGAAGCCCCCUGCCCCUCUCGCCUCCCCUGCCAAGUCCCAAACAUCCGCUAGUAGCCGCCCCCGCCCAGUUCUCGCGGCCGCGGCCGAUUUGCGACGCGCUAGUUCGGAUCUGGCGCACUGCGGGGAGCAGACGCAGGGGGCGUGGCUCUCCCCACUCUGAUGGAUCCACCCCAUGCCCCGAGCAGUCUGGAUCUCCGCGGCGGCUGCUCGGGAACUCGUCGAUCUGGACAGCGGCCGCCACCCGAAGAGGCAAACAGCGCGCCUCCUAGAGUGCGCGCAGCGCCCACCGCCGGCGGAAUGGGAGGCCACGGCCAUGUCGUGGCAGGCCGCAGGCGUGACACGAGGUGCACGCGUCCUCCGGCGCACCAGCCUCCAUGACCUCCCGUUGUUGGUCCGCGAGACCGCGACAUUCAACAAGGCAAGCGUCCCCCACUCCCCGGACGCCCCCGACGUCCCGUGCCGCCGCCGCCGCCGCCGCGCGCGGCGCUGCUUCGAAGAAGCGCCGCCGUCAAAGCCCAGACCAAUUCUCAUUACCCACCAUGGAAUAGAGUGGACUGGGCCGAAAUCCCCUCACUUCGGUAUCAUUUCCGGGCCCAUCAAAAUUGGCUGAGCUCGGACCACGGGAGCGGGUCCGCUACAAAAAUAAGCCCCCGACGACGUCUAGGGGAAAAAAGAAAAAGAAAAAAACCCAACGGAGAACCGGAACAAAGGGUGUUUGACCAAAGGUCUCGCGGCCUCCGGCUGUACGGCUCGCUUGCAGCGCGGAAUGGGGAGCGGCGUGCCGCCUCCGGACGGCGUUUCUCCGGCCGGUGGAUUCACCGUCGACGCCGCGGUGUACGCCGAUGGUGGGGGAAGCAUUAAAGCGGGGAACACGAAGACGCUCUGUGCAGGGGCGGCGACCUCGCACUCGCACGGGAGAGACUACUCCUGCGAGAGGAACAUGAAGACGCCGCCUGCAGGUGCAGGAGUAGCGGCGUCGUGCUCGCACGAGGAAGACUCUUCCUGCGAGAGGAACAUGAAGACGCCGCCUGCAGAUGCAGGGGUGGCGACGUCGCCGUUGCGGAAAGACUCCUCCGACCAGCCGUUAUACGGAGCUGAUGAUGGGGGCUAUUCUUCUGUGCCGAGUAUGAAGCCCCCGACUUCCUCUGAGAAUGGAAUUCCAGCAGCAAAGCGGUGCAGAGUCGCAGAUGUUAACGCUCUCGUGCAACACAAAGAGGUCCCACCAAUUACCAGGAGAGGCCCUUCAGUCAACUUAAAUGUGGAUGUCCUUAUGGAGAUCUUUGCUAGGCUACAACCUGAUGUACUACUGCGCAUGGCAACAGCUUGUAGUUUCUUCCGAGAGGUUAUCAGAUCAUCUGAUUUUCGACACUGCUACCGUUCAAAUCAGAAGGGCAAAAUGCUGGGCUUCUUUAUGAAGAAAAAGGGACGUGGAAAAACACGUGUGAUGUAUCCAUAUGUUAGAUGUGAUGGUCUUUCUGCACAAAUGUCACGAGCUUCAGAGUCAAUUAGAGAUCUGUGGGUUUCAGCAGAAACUUGCCCGAACAGUUAUUGGCCAUACUUUGAGCUAUUGGACUCCAGGGAUGGGAAGUUGCUGCUGUUAGCUGGCAACUCUAGUCGAGACCAAGAUAUGUUUGUGUUUUAUCCCCAUGCAAGGAAGAAUCGGCACCGGCAGAUACCACGCCUACGGUUUUUCCAUGACACCCAAAUUGUGACUGCUGCAUUACUUCCAGAUGAACGGACUCAUCAUUACAAUGUGAUUGUUCUAGCAAAACGAGUCUCACGUUCAAAGGUGACAUUGAAUACUCCACUGGUGGAGACAGUGGUAGCAUGCUAUAGUUCUUCAGCCGGCAGAUGGAUUAAAGCAAAGACCAUUCAGUCAUUCGUACUGCCAGCUAAGAAAAUGCUUCAAAUUGGAUCGGUACUCAUUGAUGACAUGAUAUAUUUCUUGCAUCGCGGCGAAGAACUAAUCACUGUUCAGAUUUCCAGCCUGGAACUUGCAACAACCAUACUCCCUGAUAUUGGAGGUGCCAAAAAAACAACAUUAAGGACGAGUCAUAUAUCUCGAGGACAAGGCAGCCAGCUAUGUUUAGCUAUGGUUUCUGGAAGGAACAUUAGGGUCUACACUUACAGCAACCCUUCAAAGUCUUGGGAAAACAAGACAAACUGGUUAACUCUAGGAGGAGGUAUCAAAGUGAUAGGAUCAUCUGAGAGUCAGGGCUUGAUACUAGUGAAAACUGGCACUUUGGAUGUUGUCUCUGUUGAAAUGGAAACAGGCUUAGUGAAGUCAGUAUCAGUUGGCAACUGUGAAAGUGAUGAGGUUCUGGCGUACGAACAAGAGUGCCCUGCAGUCUCCCAAAUGAUCAUGUGAUAAAUCCUGUACAAUAGAUGCGAAACCUGUUGUAAGGCCAUAUUGAUUGGCGGAUUGCUACUGCAGAUUUGACAGAGAAAAGUAUUGUUGUAUGCUAUUCACAAGCUUCAACCACUAUGUGUGGUGCAUCUGUAAAUCCAGUUCUCGGUCAUAUGGUUUCAUCAUGAGCAUUUGGUUGCAAUUUUGUUUCGGGAAUUAGAUUGUAAAUUCAUGUAUUGGAUAAUGCAAGUUCAUAUACAAUUUUUUUGUUAGCCAACUUACACUAACAGAUUGAUUCAUUGACUGGAUCAAACAUAAUAUUUUUCAGUC